ACACACACACACACACACACACACACACAGAUAGUGCUGGAAAUGACUUGUCCACUGAGGCUGUUUGGUGUGGCGGACUCGCAGUGACAGUUGGAAAUAACCGGUUCCACAUCCAGUCAGCACUGUGUGAAGAUGAAGUGACCCCACCUGAAUUUGACCUAAGGCAACGUCACAUGUUUUGAUGUGUCCAUCAGACGAAGCACAGCAACAAAGAUGUCAGUGAAGCUGCGAUUUGACUCUCCCUCAGAUGGAGGUUUGGUCCACAGGAGCCGCUCCUUCACAGGGUUCAGCUCUCUGAACGGACAGCGACGACGGACGUCCUCCAUGCGAAACUCUCUCCGCUCCAAAGCCUCAACAGGAGGUAAAUCUAGGACGCACCUGUCUCCCAUCCGAGGGGGUGGAGGCAUCUGGUCUCUGCAGCCUGAGCAAGUCGAGAGGGUUUUCCAGGCGCUGCGCAAGGGACUCAAGGACUAUCUGGAGGGUCACCAGGCAGAAAUGGACUUCCUGUGGUCACAGCAGAGAGAGACCAAGAGAAACUCCAGACUGGCUUUUCUCUAUGAUCUGGAAAAGGAGAUCAGAGCACUGGAGAGAUAUAUACGACGACUGGAAUUUCAGAUCAGCAAGGUGGAUGAGCUGUACGAGACGUACUGUAUCCAGCGGAGGUUGUGUCAGGGAGCGGUCAACAUGAAGAGAGCCUUCUCUCUGUCCCCGUCCACCAGAGCGUCCAGAGAGAGUCUUCUGGAACUCAACCGCAACCACAGACACAGCCUGCAGGACAUGUCUGUGAUGGAGGGAGAGCUAGAGAUCCUCCUUGGGGAGCUACACAUCAAAAUGAAAGGUCUGAUCGGCUUCGCUCGCCUCUGCCCUGGAGACCAGUACGAGGUGGUUGUGCGGCUGGGCCGCCAGCGAUGGAGGAUCAGGGGGCGGAUUCAGUCAGACGACACGCAGUCCUGGGAGGAAGAGGAGAUGGUCUUCCUCCCUCAUAUACAUCACAACUUUGAGAUCAAGGUGACAGAAGCCAAGGGUUUGGGCUGGUUGCUGGUUGGCAUGGUAACGUGUGCAAGCGCGGACUUCUUUGUGGCGAGGCCGCAGCUGAUGUUGGUGGACAUCACAGAGCUGGGAACCAUCAAACUGCAGCUGGAAGUCACCUGGAAUCCGUUUGACAACGCUGAGAAGAUGAGGCCGCUGUCUGUGAGCAAGCUGUCAGUGUCCAGCAGAAAGAGUUCAGUUUACAGCUGGACGGCGCCGAGUACCCCCUCCUUCACUGAGAAGUACUUUGUAUCGAUGGUGCGUGAGCUGCAGGGUCAGGAAGGAUCCCUCCCGUCCCUUGCGUCUAAAAGCCGUCAUAACAGAGGAGACGUGUCUCUGCUCAGCUACCUGUCCAACCCCCUCUACAGCACUAACAGCCCCUACAACCCGAGUCUCACACGGGCGCACAGCUUCCCAUUCAGCCCCAGUCUGGGUGGAAGUCAGACUCAGCUCUUCCUCAGGGAGGAAGGAUCCAUGAAGGAAAGAGGGAGAAGGAGAAGGAUGGAUGAGAAAGAAGAGAAGGAAGAGAAGGAGGAAGAAUGGGACGGAGAGUUACAGACUGCCUCUACACCAGCAGAGAGGAAGAUCGGAUCGUUGCCAGCCCUGCUGAGGUCCAACACUCCUGACAUCCUCAAAAAGAACAAAGCUGGAGAACUGAAUGCUGAGGCACAAAGAGAAGCUCUGGUGCAGGACUCCCCCGACUGUCAGUUAUAUUCUUCCCCGGCCUCGCCCACCAAGACGCCAGCUGCUGCUCCAUCCUCAACCACAGCGGAUGCCCCUACAUCGGGGAGGUCAGGUGUGAGCGGUGCACAGCGCAGGGCGCAGGCCCUCAGGUUGGGCGCUCUGAUCACCGAGCUGGAGAAGACCUUACAGAACCAGAAUCUGUCCGAGAAGGAGCUGAGAACCCUGGACCACCAGAUACUGCACCUGGCAACCAUACUGAAGAACAACCUGUCCCUGCUGAAAAGCUCAUCAUCAGAGGAGACACUGGCUGUCGAGGAAGUCCUGGGCAGCUUUGACUUUCUGUCAAAUGACUUUAACGCAGAUGAUGACACUUCCUGUUUGGGCAGCCUCAGACUUAAAGAUAAUGGCCUCCCCACUUUCCAGCAGAACACUCUGAGGAGCCUCGGCCUCCUCUCCCGGGACAACCAAUCAGCUUCUGAGGAAGAAUUGAUCAUCACCCCUCUGACCUCUGGGAACUGGGGUCUUGAUCAAGCUCUGGAGACUCACCUGGAUAUUUGCCUCAUCCUGCUACAGAUGAUAAAAACGACCGACUUCAGUUCCUCGAGGAGAGACGUGCUGGACGAGAUGUCUCUUCAAGCCGACGUCCUGGACAGAGUCAGCUGUCUGCUGCUAGAGAAGAACGACAACAUUUCUGCUGCUGACGUCCUUCCUGACGCCCAGAGAACGAGGGAUGUUCUGCUGUUCUGGGAGGAUUGUGUGAACGACAGCAGCUCUUUUUUCUAUUGUGACCCCAGCGCCUUCACUAGGACGCUGAAGAAACGCUACACGCACAAGGUGAAAGCCAAGGAGCCUGGGCAAUCCGAGAAAGUGUUUGAUCAGCUCCUGCAGCAGGUGCAGGCGACCUGUCGGAUGGUGCCCCCUCCUCGGCCUGUCUGCAGCACAGACAGAGUCACGCUCUUCCAGCUGUCUGUGUAUCUGAAGCGUUGGAGCAUCCAGGAGCUGGGAGAGCACAUCUCCCGACUCUCCAAAGAAGAAUACAUCCAGUUGGCCCUUAGGAGCUCCAAACGGAAAAGAGCUUUAAAUAAACUGAGGGGGCGCAGUGUUGCAGAGCUCCUCCCACUCAAGUGCACGCUGCAGACCUUGGCCGACCUGCAGGUCGACUCCAACCACAAAGUGUGCAAAGCCGCUGCCACCUGUCUCUCCAGAGCUGCAGGAUGCAAGGCCUUUAGGAGCAAGGCAUUGGUUUACUACACUGAGAGUUUAAAAAGCACUGACACCCAAAUCCAACAAGGCACCUGUCUGGCUUUGAAAUGCCUCAGGGCGACAGAGAGUGUGGACCACAUAGCGGAUUUGUGGCGAUCAAUGGAUGAAGAACUAUGCAGCACUGCCAGAGAGACCAUCCUGUCCUUUGGUAAGAAGGGCUUCCUGGCCUUCCAGAGGAUGGACCAGCUGUACACUGAGAUGCAAGAGGAGGCUUACCGGAACCAAGAGACUGAGAUUACGAUUCUAUAGGAAACAAGCCUCGAACUAAAAUAAAAUCUAGAAUUUCAAUGAGCCUGAGUGUUGGGGCAGGAGACUGAGUGCCGUGCCAGUGAAAAGGUAUCUCACUUUUCAGAAGAUUUAAUUUUUGUAAAAACCUGCGCUUUGAUAACUUUGACAAGUGAUGAGCAAAAGAAGAUCAAAUCCAAUGAUGGCGGCUUUUUCAUUUCCUCAUGGAUUCUAUGCUCCAAAUCUUCAAUUUUCUUGACCCUGUGAUCAGAGAAGGUCCUUUACUAUGUGGAUUUAUUUCAGUCAAAUAUGUAUUUUUUUUUUUUUUUGUAUUAUAGCACUUUUAGUUAUUUAACCAGAGAAGAGACCAUGUGCAGCGUUGAAUAUUUCUGUUGGGAUUAGCGUUCAACAACCUAUGACCUUUUCCAGUGAAACUACUGGUUUUAUUGGAAAGUGAAGGAUACCACAAUACAUCCUUAGGAAGCCAAAUAAAUCUUCAAUAACCACUGAAA